GCCCUCUACCUAUCUACCUAUCUACCUACCACCCUAUCCUACCCCUAUCUAUCCCUAUCUAUCUAUCUAUCUAUCUAUCUAUCUAUCUAUCUAUCUAUCUAUCUAUCUAUCUAUCUAUCUAUCUAUCUAUCUAUCUAUCCCCCCCUCCUGCCUGCCCCUGUCCCCGCCCUCCCCGGCCCGCCCCGGGCCGGUGUACCAACUCCCGCUUCCCAUACCCUUCCCAAGGCCUUUUUCUUCCCUCUCCUCCGCCCCAAGCCCUCCCUGAUGCAAGCUGCGCUUUUCUUCUUUUUUUCCUUUUUAUGCUAAUCAGGCGGGACUCGAACCCGUCACCUCUUUGUUUGCCAAUUAAUUACCAAUUCAAUGCUUAUGCCAAUUGCGCUAUCCCGGCUCGGUUAUAAAUUCAAUGGUUUUUUUUUUGUAUGUUAUUCAUAUGCAAAUCAAAUUCUUGCCCCUCAUUGGCUGUUGAAAAUAAUGACAUCAUGAACCUUCGGCCCAGAGGUCCCUGAGGUCCCACAGGUCCAAGAACCAAAACAAACCAACGUUUACCAAACAUAACGGAAACUGUAGCCUUCUCGGCUUUGCAAGAGCUUCUUUUCAAUGGAUUCUUGUAUCUUUCUGGACGCUCGUACAUUUAAAAAGCACUUAGCGCUUUCACGUUUUUCCGACGGGCAAUUUUGAUUUUAGCUGUAAGUUUUGUAUAAUAUUGAAAUACUUGAAAUGUCCGUCGGUGCGUUUGCUUUCAGUUGUGAUCACAAGAAACAGUUUCUGUACGGUUAACAGUGAUCAACAUCAAUUUACAUUAUAUUCUCGCUAUAUAUCCUACCACUGAACAGUAUCAAUCAUAAACGGCUGAAAAUAGAGGAAACUGCUCAGCAGCAAAAACAUUGUGAUUUCUAAUCAAAUUCUCCUCGUUAGCACCAGAUGAACGGUAACGGAAUGAGUAUGGAGAAUGUGCAUGUUAAUCUCACGCCAUUUACAAUUAUUCCUGUAACAAGCAAAAUUGAUCUUAUAAAUGAAAAACGCGAAGGUUAUGUCGCUUUUAAUAGAUUUGGAGCCAGCAAUAUGACCCUUUGAAAACAAGAAACACUGCGUUCUUGUCUAACUAGGCAACUACAGUACCCUAGUCUGAAUCUCGUACCCUUAUAACUGCAAUAGGAAAUCUGCAAGUAGCACUGUAAAUCAUGCUAAACUGCUACCGAUGCGACCGAAAACGUGUAAUAGAAUCAUGAAAUCAGCCUGAAAGAUCAAAACAAGGUGAUAUCCUGCGUGUCCUACGGCAGGUGAAAGACGUUUUUCCAGAAUGAAAUAUACUUAAAUCCUCUUAUUUGAGACAUCACAAGAGUCCCAGGGACAUUUUCAGGAGGUCUCCAUCAGUUUCGAACUUGACCCAAAAGUCACUUGACAAGAUGAAACAAACAAACAUUGUUUGCCCGGCCUAUUGACGUUUAGAAAUUCCAUCAGGUCGUGUUUCUUUGGCAGGCUUGGUUAAUUCAAGCUAUUUCCAAUCCAGUCUUAAAAUCAGGCUGUUAAAUGUCGCCAAGGUCCACGACCAAUAAAGAAAAUUCUCCAACUUCAGACGAAGAGCAGUUUGGAACUUCAUGGUCUGUUUAUCCACUGCAUUAAAGAAAAGGAAAGUACUAUAAGUAGACUAACUCGCGAAGUUGAAUGUGCGAAAAAGCGUCCUGUGGGUCUCAAAGUGUGGAGAAGUUGAUACCAAGUAAUUACAACUGUAUAAUUAUAAUUUUCGCUUGUUUCUUCGCACACGUCCUUUUUUUCCCGUUUUUUUCUUACGUGAAUGCAUCCUUUUCUAAAAGUGCCUAUUUUGAGUCAAGAAUUUCAUAAAAGUAGGAAAAAAAAAAUUGUGCUGAGCAGCAAAACCUCCCCGUGUCUAGCCUGCGAGCAAGGUCUCUCACUGCCCCACCCCACCCAACCCUCCCCCAAUCUCGGCAGCAAGAGACCUUGCUCGCAGGCUCGACCCACCCUUCCCUUCUCUCCCUCCCUUCCCUUCCCCUCCCAUCCCUCCGCCCUCUACCUAUCUACCUAUCUACCUACCAUCCUUCCUAUCUACCUAUCUAUCUAUCUAUCUAUCUAUCUAUCUAUCUAUCUAUCUAUCUAUCUAUCUAUCUAUCUAUCUAUCUAUCUAUCUAUCUAUCUAUCUAUCUAUCUAUCUACCCCCCUCCCGCCUGCCCCCCCGUCCCCCCCCCCCCCCGGCCCCCCCCCCGGCCGGUGUACCCACUCCCGCUUCCCAUACCCUUCCCAAGGCCUUUUUUCUUCCCUCUCCUCGCCCCAAGCCCUCCCUGAUGCAAGCUGCGCUUUUCUUCUGUUUUUUUCCUUUUUUAUGCUAAUCAGGCGGGACUCGAACCCGUCACCUCUUUGUUUGCCAAUUAAUUACCAAUUCAAUGCUUAUGCCAAUUGCGCUAUCCCGGCUCGGUUAUAAAUUCAAUGGUUUUUUUUGUAUGUUAUUCAUAUGCAAAUCAAAUUCUUGCCCCUCAUUGGCUGUUGAAAAUAAUGACAUCAUGAACCUUCGGCCCAGAGGUCCCUGAGGUCCCACAGGUCCAAGAACCAAAACAAACCAACGUUUACCAAACAUAACGGAAACUGUAGCCUUCUCGGCUUUGCAAGAGCUUCUUUUCAAUGGAUUCUUGUAUCUUUCUGGACGCUCGUACAUUUAAAAAAGCACUUAGCGCUUUCACGUUUUUCCGACGGGCAAUUUUGAUUUUAGCUGUAAGUUUUGUAUAAUAUUGAAAUACUUGAAAUGUCCGUCGGUGCGUUUGCUUUCAGUUGUGAUCACAAGAAACAGUUUCUGUACGGUUAACAGUGAUCAACAUCAAUUUACAUUAUAUUCUCGCUAUAUAUCCUACCACUGAACAGUAUCAAUCAUAAACGGCUGAAAAUAGAGGAAACUGCUCAGCAGCAAAAAACAUUGUGAUUUCUAAUCAAAUUCUCCUCGUUAGCACCAGAUGAACGGUAACGGAAUGAGUAUGGAGAAUGUGCAUGUUAAUCUCACGCCAUUUACAAUUAUUCCUGUAACAAGCAAAAUUGAUCUUAUAAAUGAAAAACGCGAAGGUUAUGUCGCUUUUAAUAGAUUUGGAGCCAGCAAUAUGACCCUUUGAAAACAAGAAACACUGCGUUCUUGUCUAACUAGGCAACUACAGUACCCUAGUCUGAAUCUCGUACCCUUAUAACUGCAAUAGGAAAUCUGCAAGUAGCACUGUAAAUCAUGCUAAACUGCUACCGAUGCGACCGAAAACGUGUAAUAGAAUCAUGAAAUCAGCCUGAAAGAUCAAAACAAGGUGAUAUCCUGCGUGUCCUACGGCAGGUGAAAGACGUUUUUCCAGAAUGAAAUAUACUUAAAUCCUCUUAUUUGAGACAUCACAAGAGUCCCAGGGACAUUUCCAGGAGGUCUCCAUCAGUUUCGAACUUGACCCAAAAGUCACUUGACAAGAUGAAACAAACAAACAUUGUUUGCCCGGCCUAUUGACGUUUAGAAAUUCCAUCAGGUCGUGUUUCUUUGGCAGGCUUGGUUAAUUCAAGCUAUUUCCAAUCCAGUCUUAAAAUCAGGCUGUUAAAUGUCGCCAAGGUCCACGACCAAUAAAGAAAAUUCUCCAACUUCAGACGAAGAGCAGUUUGGAACUUCAUGGUCUGUUUAUCCACUGCAUUAAAGAAAAGGAAAGUACUAUAAGUAGACUAACUCGCGAAGUUGAAUGUGCGAAAAAGCGUCCUGUGGGUCUCAAAGUGUGGAGAAGUUGAUACCAAGUAAUUACAACUGUAUAAUUAUAAUUUUCGCUUGUUUCUUCGCACACGUCCUUUUUUUCCCGUUUUUUCUUACGUGAAUGCAUCCUUUUCUAAAAGUGCCUAUUUUGAGUCAAGAAUUUCAUAAAAGUAGGAAAAAAAAAAUUGUGCUGAGCAGCAAAACCCUCCCCGUGUCUAGCCUGCGAGCAAGGUCUCUCACUGCCCCACCCCACCCAACCCUCCCCCAAUCUCGGCAGCAAGAGACCUUGCUCGCAGGCUCGACCCACCCUUCCUCUUCCCCUCCCUUCCCUUCCCUCCCAUCCCUCCGCCCCUACCUCCCUACCUAUCUACCCCAUCCCUCCCACCCCCCCUAUCUAUCUAUCUAUCUAUCUAUCUAUCUAUCUAUCUAUCUAUCUAUCUAUCUAUCUAUCUAUCUAUCUAUCUAUCUAUCUAUCUAUCUAUCUAUCUACCCCCCUCCCGCCUGCCCCCUGUCCCCGCCCUCCCCCGGCCCGCCCCCGGGCCGGUGUACCAACUCCCGCUUCCCAUACCCUUCCCAAGGCCUUUUUUCUUCCCUCUCCUCGCCCCAAGCCCUCCCUGAUGCAAGCUGCGCUUUUCUUCUGUUUUUUUCCUUUUUUAUGCUAAUCAGGCGGGACUCGAACCCGUCACCUCUUUGUUUGCCAAUUAAUUACCAAUUCAAUGCUUAUGCCAAUUGCGCUAUCCCGGCUCGGUUAUAAAUUCAAUGGUUUUUUUGUAUGUUAUUCAUAUGCAAAUCAAAUUCUUGCCCCUCAUUGGCUGUUGAAAAUAAUGACAUCAUGAACCUUCGGCCCAGAGGUCCCUGAGGUCCCACAGGUCCAAGAACCAAAACAAACCAACGUUUACCAAACAUAACGGAAACUGUAGCCUUCUCGGCUUUGCAAGAGCUUCUUUUCAAUGGAUUCUUGUAUCUUUCUGGACGCUCGUACAUUUAAAAAGCACUUAGCGCUUUCACGUUUUUCCGACGGGCAAUUUUGAUUUUAGCUGUAAGUUUUGUAUAAUAUUGAAAUACUUGAAAUGUCCGUCGGUGCGUUUGCUUUCAGUUGUGAUCACAAGAAACAGUUUCUGUACGGUUAACAGUGAUCAACAUCAAUUUACAUUAUAUUCUCGCUAUAUAUCCUACCACUGAACAGUAUCAAUCAUAAACGGCUGAAAAUAGAGGAAACUGCUCAGCAGCAAAAACAUUGUGAUUUCUAAUCAAAUUCUCCUCGUUAGCACCAGAUGAACGGUAACGGAAUGAGUAUGGAGAAUGUGCAUGUUAAUCUCACGCCAUUUACAAUUAUUCCUGUAACAAGCAAAAUUGAUCUUAUAAAUGAAAAACGCGAAGGUUAUGUCGCUUUUAAUAGAUUUGGAGCCAGCAAUAUGACCCUUUGAAAACAAAAACACUGCGUUCUUGUCUAACUAGGCAACUACAGUACCCUAGUCUGAAUCUCGUACCCUUAUAACUGCAAUAGGAAAUCUGCAAGUAGCACUGUAAAUCAUGCUAAACUGCUACCGAUGCGACCGAAAACGUGUAAUAGAAUCAUGAAAUCAGCCUGAAAGAUCAAAACAAGGUGAUAUCCUGCGUGUCCUACGGCAGGUGAAAGACGUUUUUUCCAGAAUGAAAUAUACUUAAAUCCUCUUAUUUGAGACAUCACAAGAGUCCCAGGGACAUUUCCAGGAGGUCUCCAUCAGUUUCGAACUUGACCCAAAAGUCACUUGACAAGAUGAAACAAACAAACAUUGUUUGCCCGGCCUAUUGACGUUUAGAAAUUCCAUCAGGUCGUGUUUCUUUGGCAGGCUUGGUUAAUUCAAGCUAUUUCCAAUCCAGUCUUAAAAUCAGGCUGUUAAAUGUCGCCAAGGUCCACGACCAAUAAAGAAAAUUCUCCAACUUCAGACGAAGAGCAGUUUGGAACUUCAUGGUCUGUUUAUCCACUGCAUUAAAGAAAAGGAAAGUACUAUAAGUAGACUAACUCGCGAAGUUGAAUGUGCGAAAAAGCGUCCUGUGGGUCUCAAAGUGUGGAGAAGUUGAUACCAAGUAAUUACAACUGUAUAAUUAUAAUUUUCGCUUGUUUCUUCGCACACGUCCUUUUUUUCCCGUUUUUUUCUUACGUGAAUGCAUCCUUUUCUAAAAGUGCCUAUUUUGAGUCAAGAAUUUCAUAAAAGUAGGAAGAAAAAAAAAUUGUGCUGAGCAGCAAAACCCUCCCCGUGUCUAGCCUGCGAGCAAGGUCUCUCACUGCCCCACCCCACCCAACCCUCCCCCCAAUCUCGGCAGCAAGAGACCUUGCUCGCAGGCUCGACCCACCCUUCCCUUCUCCCCUCCCUUCCCUUCCCCCUCCCAUCCCUCCGCCCUCUACCUAUCUACCUAUCUACCUAUCUAUCUAUCUAUCUAUCUAUCUAUCUAUCUAUCUAUCUAUCUAUCUAUCUAUCUAUCUAUCUAUCUAUCUAUCUAUCUAUCUAUCUAUCUAUCUAUCUAUCUACCCCCCUCCCGCCUGCCCCCCUGUCCCCGCCCUCCCCCGGCCCGCCCCCGGGCCGGUGUACCAACUCCCGCUUCCCAUACCCUUCCCAAGGCCUUUUUUCUUCCCUCUCCUCGCCCCAAGCCCUCCCUGAUGCAAGCUGCGCUUUUCUUCUGUUUUUUUCCUUUUUUAUGCUAAUCAGGCGGGACUCGAACCCGUCACCUCUUUGUUUGCCAAUUAAUUACCAAUUCAAUGGUUAUGCCAAUUGCGCUAUCCCGGCUCGGUUAUAAAUUCAAUGGUUUUUUUGUAUGUUAUUCAUAUGCAAAUCAAAUUCUUGCCCCUCAUUGGCUGUUGAAAAUAAUGACAUCAUGAACCUUCGGCCCAGAGGUCCCUGAGGUCCCACAGGUCCAAGAACCAAAACAAACCAACGUUUACCAAACAUAACGGAAACUGUAGCCUUCUCGGCUUUGCAAGAGCUUCUUUUCAAUGGAUUCUUGUAUCUUUCUGGACGCUCGUACAUUUAAAAAGCACUUAGCGCUUUCACGUUUUUCCGACGGGCAAUUUUGAUUUUAGCUGUAAGUUUUGUAUAAUAUUGAAAUACUUGAAAUGUCCGUCGGUGCGUUUGCUUUCAGUUGUGAUCACAAGAAACAGUUUCUGUACGGUUAACAGUGAUCAACAUCAAUUUACAUUAUAUUCUCGCUAUAUAUCCUACCACUGAACAGUAUCAAUCAUAAACGGCUGAAAAUAGAGGAAACUGCUCAGCAGCAAAAAACAUUGUGAUUUCUAAUCAAAUUCUCCUCGUUAGCACCAGAUGAACGGUAACGGAAUGAGUAUGGAGAAUGUGCAUGUUAAUCUCACGCCAUUUACAAUUAUUCCUGUAACAAGCAAAAUUGAUCUUAUAAAUGAAAAACGCGAAGGUUAUGUCGCUUUUAAUAGAUUUGGAGCCAGCAAUAUGACCCUUUGAAAACAAGAAACACUGCGUUCUUGUCUAACUAGGCAACUACAGUACCCUAGUCUGAAUCUCGUACCCUUAUAACUGCAAUAGGAAAUCUGCAAGUAGCACUGUAAAUCAUGCUAAACUGCUACCGAUGCGACCGAAAACGUGUAAUAGAAUCAUGAAAUCAGCCUGAAAGAUCAAAACAAGGUGAUAUCCUGCGUGUCCUACGGCAGGUGAAAGACGUUUUUCCAGAAUGAAAUAUACUUAAAUCCUCUUAUUUGAGACAUCACAAGAGUCCCAGGGACAUUUCCAGGAGGUCUCCAUCAGUUUCGAACUUGACCCAAAAGUCACUUGACAAGAUGAAACAAACAAACAUUGUUUGCCCGGCCUAUUGACGUUUAGAAAUUCCAUCAGGUCGUGUUUCUUUGGCAGGCUUGGUUAAUUCAAGCUAUUUCCAAUCCAGUCUUAAAAUCAGGCUGUUAAAUGUCGCCAAGGUCCACGACCAAUAAAGAAAAUUCUCCAACUUCAGACGAAGAGCAGUUUGGAACUUCAUGGUCUGUUUAUCCACUGCAUUAAAGAAAAGGAAAGUACUAUAAGUAGACUAACUCGCGAAGUUGAAUGUGCGAAAAAAGCGUCCUGUGGGUCUCAAAGUGUGGAGAAGUUGAUACCAAGUAAUUACAACUGUAUAAUUAUAAUUUUCGCUUGUUUCUUCGCACACGUCUUUUUUUCCCGUUUUUUUUCUUACGUGAAUGCAUCCUUUUCUAAAAGUGCCUAUUUUGAGUCAAGAAUUUCAUAAAAGUAGGAAGAAAAAAAAAAAAAUUGUGCUGAGCAGCAAAACCCUCCCCGUGUCUAGCCUGCGAGCAAGGUCUCUCACUGCCCCACCCCACCCAACCCUCCCCCAAUCUCGGCAGCAAGAGACCUUGCUCGCAGGCUCGACCCACCCUUCCCUUCUCCCCUCCCUUCCCCUCCCCUCCCUCCCUAUCUACCUAUCUAUCCUAUCUACCUAUCUACCCUAUCUAUCUAUCUAUCUAUCUAUCUAUCUAUCUAUCUAUCUAUCUAUCUAUCUAUCUAUCUAUCUAUCUACCCCCCUCCCGCCUGCCCCCCUGUCCCCGCCCUCCCCCGGCCCGCCCCCGGGCCGGUGUACCAACUCCCGCUUCCCAUACCCUUCCCAAGGCCUUUUUUCUUCCCUCUCCUCGCCCCAAGCCCUCCCUGAUGCAAGCUGCGCUUUUCUUCUGUUUUUUUCCUUUUUUAUGCUAAUCAGGCGGGACUCGAACCCGUCACCUCUUUGUUUGCCAAUUAAUUACCAAUUCAAUGCUUAUGCCAAUUGCGCUAUCCCGGCUCGGUUAUAAAUUCAAUGGUUUUUUUUGUAUGUUAUUCAUAUGCAAAUCAAAUUCUUGCCCCUCAUUGGCUGUUGAAAAUAAUGACAUCAUGAACCUUCGGCCCAGAGGUCCCUGAGGUCCCACAGGUCCAAGAACCAAAACAAACCAACGUUUACCAAACAUAACGGAAACUGUAGCCUUCUCGGCUUUGCAAGAGCUUCUUUUCAAUGGAUUCUUGUAUCUUUCUGGACGCUCGUACAUUUAAAAAAGCACUUAGCGCUUUCACGUUUUUCCGACGGGCAAUUUUGAUUUUAGCUGUAAGUUUUGUAUAAUAUUGAAAUACUUGAAAUGUCCGUCGGUGCGUUUGCUUUCAGUUGUGAUCACAAGAAACAGUUUCUGUACGGUUAACAGUGAUCAACAUCAAUUUACAUUAUAUUCUCGCUAUAUAUCCUACCACUGAACAGUAUCAAUCAUAAACGGCUGAAAAUAGAGGAAACUGCUCAGCAGCAAAAAACAUUGUGAUUUCUAAUCAAAUUCUCCUCGUUAGCACCAGAUGAACGGUAACGGAAUGAGUAUGGAGAAUGUGCAUGUUAAUCUCACGCCAUUUACAAUUAUUCCUGUAACAAGCAAAAUUGAUCUUAUAAAUGAAAAACGCGAAGGUUAUGUCGCUUUUAAUAGAUUUGGAGCCAGCAAUAUGACCCUUUGAAAACAAGAAACACUGCGUUCUUGUCUAACUAGGCAACUACAGUACCCUAGUCUGAAUCUCGUACCCUUAUAACUGCAAUAGGAAAUCUGCAAGUAGCACUGUAAAUCAUGCUAAACUGCUACCGAUGCGACCGAAAACGUGUAAUAGAAUCAUGAAAUCAGCCUGAAAGAUCAAAAAAGGUGAUAUCCUGCGUGUCCUACGGCAGGUGAAAGACGUUUUUCCAGAAUGAAAUAUACUUAAAUCCUCUUAUUUGAGACAUCACAAGAGUCCCAGGGACAUUUCCAGGAGGUCUCCAUCAGUUUCGAACUUGACCCAAAAGUCACUUGACAAGAUGAAACAAACAAACAUUGUUUGCCCGGCCUAUUGACGUUUAGAAAUUCCAUCAGGUCGUGUUUCUUUGGCAGGCUUGGUUAAUUCAAGCUAUUUCCAAUCCAGUCUUAAAAUCAGGCUGUUAAAUGUCGCCAAGGUCCACGACCAAUAAAGAAAAUUCUCCAACUUCAGACGAAGAGCAGUUUGGAACUUCAUGGUCUGUUUAUCCACUGCAUUAAAGAAAAGGAAAGUACUAUAAGUAGACUAACUCGCGAAGUUGAAUGUGCGAAAAAAGCGUCCUGUGGGUCUCAAAGUGUGGAGAAGUUGAUACCAAGUAAUUACAACUGUAUAAUUAUAAUUUUCGCUUGUUUCUUCGCACACGUCCUUUUUUUUCCCGUUUUUUUUUACGUGAAUGCAUCCUUUUCUAAAAGUGCCUAUUUUGAGUCAAGAAUUUCAUAAAAGUAGGGAAAAAAAAAAUUGUGCUGAGCAGCAAAACCCUCCCCGUGUCUAGCCUGCGAGCAAGGUCUCUCACUGCCCCACCCCACCCAACCCUCCCCCAAUCUCGGCAGCAAGAGACCUUGCUCGCAGGCUCGACCCACCCUUCCCUUCUCCCCUCCCUCCCUUCCCCUCCCAUCCCUCCAUCUACCCUAUCUAUCCCUAUCUAUUCCUAUCUAUCUAUCUAUCUAUCUAUCUAUCUAUCUAUCUAUCUAUCUAUCUAUCUAUCUAUCUAUCUAUCUAUCUAUCUAUCUAUCUAUCUAUCUAUCCCCCUCC